GCUGUGCUCUCAGCAGCUCACUUUGGCCUCAGUGAUGGUGGUGGACGCGCCGGGCCUCAGGAACCCAAGACACAGCGCUGAGGAACGGGCCGCCGGCUUCUCUGAGCUCUGCCACAACUACCUGCAGGAGAGACUGCUGGAGCAUCACUACACACACACCUUCACACAAACACUGGACAGAUACACACAGGAAGGAGUGCCUGUGGAUUUCUCAGCCCCAGAGUCGAGUCCGUCUGAGGUGGUGUGUGCCAUCGACCAACCAGGACUGCAGGUUCGAGGGCCUGAAGCUGACUCUCGGGGUCUGCUGUGGGUUCUGGACGAAGAGUUGUCGACGGCGGGCUCCAGUGAGAGUGUGGUUCUAGAGAGAGUGUGUCAGUACUUCAGCAGCACAGUGCGUCAGUGUGAGCAGCCGCUGCAGUGUGAGAUCGCUCAUCUGAUGGGUUCAGAUGCGGUCCGCUAUGAUCUGUCCGGCUGGUUCAGUCUGCUACAGAAUAACCCGUCUCUGCUCAACGCCAGCUCUCUGCUGCACAACUCCUCACAUAUGUCGGUGAAGGCUCUGUUUGGGCCGCGGGCGUCCGUUCCUCCGCUCUGCCGGGGUCUGGGCGGUGUGGAGGGUGGAUCUCAGCGCUCUCUGGAGAGAAGUGGAGCGGUGCGCAAGACUCUGAGCGCAGGGAUGGCGGCCCUCAGGAGACACUCGCACUGCAUCUCCAUCAAGCUGCAGGCGGAUGCUCUGCUGAGUGUGAUCCGGCGUGCGAGGCCUGUGUUCCUGCAGUGUUUGAGUGUGAAGACAGAUGGAGGAGGCUUUGAUGUUCCUGCACUGCGGAUACAGCUGAACUCCACACACCUGCUGCCCACACUGCAGCUGUACAGGACAGGUUACCCGGAGCACAUGUCCCUCAGUGAUUUCCGCUGCCGUUUUCAGGCCCUCUCUGCUCCCGUAAUGAAGCGAUACGGUUCUGUCUUCAUUACCCCCGACGAGAGGAAGGCUGUGGAGGAGCUACUGAUCGACCUGGAUCUGGACAAGAAGAGUGUGGUUUUAGGAGCCAGCAGAGUGUUUAUGAAGCGUGGCGUCCUCAGGUCUUUAGAUCAGCAGAGGGAUCAGUUGUUGAGUGGUUGGCUGGUGCAGCUUCAAGCCUCGUGUCUGGGUCACCUGGGCCGCCUCAAAUACCGCCGCAUGAAGGUUCAGCAGAUGGCAGUGAGGUGUGUUCAGAGAAAUGUGCGGGUGCUCAGUGCGGCGUCCCGCUGGAGCUGGCGGAAGCUGCUGUGCACAGUUCUCCCCCUGCUGAACGUCAACAUGUACGACCAGAGACUCCGAUCUAAAGAGGAUGAGAUCACAGCUCUGCGCCGUCGUCUGGAGAAGUCGGAGAAGGAGCGAAACGAGUUGCGUCAGACUGCAGACAACCUGGAGACCAAGGUAACAGCUGUUAUAUCAGAGUUAAGUGAUGAGCGGUUCAGAGGAGAGGCCAUGAGUCAAGCUUUAGACGCAGAGCGCACUGAGAGACUGAGACUCGCCAAAGAGAGCAAGGAGUUACAGAGUCGUGUGGAGCAGAGUAAAGUGUCUUUGGAGGCCCUGGAGAGGCAGUUAGAGGAGGAAAAGCAGAAAGUAAAGAAUAAAGAAGCUCUCUGCGGAGUGGCCACAGAGAGUGAACUGCAGCUGCAGCUGGAGUGUGCGCAGACGGAGGUGGAGUUUCUGCGCAGGCGUUUGCGGCAGACGGAGGAAAGACUGGAGGGAGAGAAAGAAGGCCGGCAGCUGCUGGAGACGAAGGUCCAGGAUCUGCAGUCUCAGCUGGAUCAGUCCAAACGCACAGUGACAGAGCUGAAGCGCCAUUGCAGACGGCUGACCUCUGACCUACAGGAUGCCCGCGUGCUCACUGACAGCCUGCAGAGCCGUGCUCACGAGCUGGACAGGAAGCAGAGGAGGUUUGACAGUGAACUGACCCAGGCUCUGACACAUGCUGAUAAUGAGCGUGAGCAGAAGGAGAGAGUGAUCCAUGAGAACACCACGCUCGGCGCUGAAAUAUUCACCCUUCGCAAGACACUCAAGGUACUAGCCGAGGUCAAAGGGCAAGUGUCCACCAUCUGCGCUCCUGUCUGU